GCCGCCCACACCGUCGCCGCUGCCGCUCCUGCUCUGGCUCGGGUCGCACGUGCAGCCCCUUUCCGGCCCUGGUGCCCGGGGUCGCUGGAGCCCCUGGCUGGGUGCCCGCCAUGGCGGCGGUUGCGGCGGAGGCGCGCGUGUUCCUGGAAGUGCGGAGACGGCUGCAGAGCGCGCUGCUGAUCCUGGGCGUUCCAGACGAAGGAGGUCUGCCCAUGGAUGUUUGCAUAACGCCGACCUCGCUCCAGAUGAAAAGCCCUGGCGGCUGCACGGAGCUCUGGCUGCCAGCAGGGGUCAGGCUUGUCCCGUCCUCCUGCCGUGGGCUGCGGCACGUGGCCGGGGACGGGCUGCACCUGCGGCUGCAGGCGCGGGCGGAAUUCUGCACAAAACUGAUCUCAGUGUUUAAUCAACGCUCCCAAGCCCAAGAAUGUUGCACGUUUUAUUGCCAGUCCUGCGGUGAAAUCAUCAUGAGGAACAGGAAGCUCCUCAGGGUGCUCCCCCUGCCACACGAAAACUGGGGUGCUCUGGUUGACGAGUGGUGCUGUCACCCCAACCCCUUUGCUAAUAAGCCACUUCAUCCACAAGAGAAUGACUGUUUCACUGGAGACUGUUUCUUCUUGGUGAAUUUAAGACGUGAUUUACAGCAGCCGAGACCUGAAGUAGCCCCAGUGGAGACGCGCUGUCUUUCUUCUGAGAACCAUUUAAAAAUGAAACCAAAGGCAAAUACCAAAGUAAUUUGUAAGCGUUGCAAGGUAAUGUUGGGAGAGACUGUGUCAUCAGAAACCACUAAGUUUUAUAUGACAGAGAUAAUUAUUCAGCCAUCUGAAAGAAAUUUUCCCAUCAUACCAAGGUCUCAGUUUGUACAGAGCGUUAUUGCCCAGUGCCUGGUGGAACUCUCCUCUGCUAGAAGCACUUUUAGAUUCACUCUUCAAGGACACGACGGCAAAGCGUACAUCUUGCUAUGGCUUUUAAACUCAGACACUUUGGUGAUUGAAGCUUUGGAAAGUUCCACAAGUAUCAAAAAAUUCCCUCUGUUGGAAGACUUAUUGAAGGCCGAUUCCAGUUCUGCCUGGAAUGCUGUUAAGGUCCUCUACCAGCCAUGCAUCAAAAGCAGGAAUGCAGAGCUCGCCAGCUCGUGGGAAAGUGACGUCAGUGUCCACAGCCUCACCCUGCCCUCUGCAACCUGCUUGGAGCUGCUGUUGAUAUUGUCAAGGAGCAAUGCCACAUUGCCUCCCUCCCUCCGCUGCAUGAAUUCUUUCCAGGAGACGGAGGAAAACCAGCUCCUUCAAGGCGCUCACCUGGAGCACACGUACACACACAGGCACGAAAGCCUGGCCCGCCCUGCGUGCCAUCCGUGUUCGCUCCCGGCACCUGUCAUCACAGGGGCUCUCACCAUCAGGAUAAUUGCUGACUGUCCCUCUCUAUUAGUGACUGUGCUUCUGCUUUCAGUGCAUUUGCUGAACAUGAUUGCCAGGGGCACACACACUUUUCCCAGUUUCAAAGGUACAGAGAAACUGGGCGUGGGUUCACAAACAAUGUCUGCUAAAGAGAUCUUGUCCCUGCCGUUACCCCUGGAAAGAUGCAUUCUUAUCAAGAACACACCAGGAAUUGAUUUCCCCACGCAGGUGUUCACUCCAAGAUAAAGGAUCAGUGAACAGGGGAGGAUGUCUGUCAGGAUUAGAAAGAGAUUCUCUGCUUUUUCACCUUCGGAACACCUACCACAUCAGUUAUUACAAUGGCAAGGAACUGGGCUGCUAAUGUUGCCCGUGUUGGGGAUUUAUUUCUUCAAGUGGAAACUCACUUUAGUGCGUGUUUUUUUUGUUCUGUUUUUUUUUUUACAAAAAGCUGUGCUGGGGCU